AAGCUUUUCAUUCAUGAUUUAUAUUACCUUAAAAAUAAAUUGUUUACGUCCAUGUCUUUUAUUACCUUAAGCUUCAUAAUAACAUAAUCCAAAUUCUAAAUUGAAGAAAUUCAAACGCACAAUAUGACGUCAUUUGCCAAUGGCAUUCGCUUUUAUGUAAACCCGAAAGCCAAAUAUCUGUCCAAUGCAGUGGAAAAUGUAUUAUACAAUAUUGGAAAAUCUGAUCGUAGUUCCUUAGCUUGGCAAACAUGUCGAACAAAUCAAAGAAGUCUGAAUAAUAGAAGACUCAGUGCCCAACACGAUAUGGUGCCUCUGACACGGCGAGUCUCGAGUAUAUUGAAAGUGCCUGGUUGGAAAAGAGAUGAGGUCGAUAAAGCGGAACGUAGAAAGAAUAUAUUCUAUCAAAUGCUUAAAGCCAGUCAAGAUAUUGCCGACGAUAAUAAAAUAAGCCCCAUUUUAAGACCUAAUUGUGUCACAAGACAAAAUGGUGGAAUGGUGGCGCAGAAUAUGAAAGUGAAAGAUGAUCGAAUUUUCAAUGAAAUCUAUGAUAAACUAAAAGGUUGGCUGAAUAAGCCAACUAAUGUGGCAGAGAAUUCAUUUCUAUUAUUAAAUAGUUCUUCAAUAUAUAAACAACCCAUUGCCAAAGAUCAAGAUGAAAACAUAUUUCGUCCAUAUCCAGAAGUGCCCGUUUAUAAGGUACACCAUAAGAAAAAGAUAAUAACGAAAAGUAAGCCCCGCGGCACACGAAAAGUGAAAAAACCUUCUGUGGCAUUAUCUAGAAAAUCAAAGAAGCGAAAAUCACUUAAAUUUAGGGCCACAGUUCAAUUUGGUAAAACUGUCACGGGUCGACGGUCACAUACUGGUUCCCAAACUGAAUCAAUUGUGGGAUUACAACAAAGCCGUUCUGCAAUAUCCAGAGUCUUUGAUUCCACUGUCCUCAUACCUAAAUUAGAUAACAAUUCAAAAGUACCAGCAGUUAGAAAUGGAAUUGAACCAAGAGCUAAUCAAAUAUCACCCAAAACUUUGGCAUACGAAGUUAAUGAGCGUCUAGCCUCGGAGGAGACUGUUUAUUCAAUUCCAUUAGCAUCCCAGAGAAAAAUGGAAGAAAGUACGGAUGUUUCGAAAUUCAAUAUAUUACGAUCUCCACGUACAUCUUCGGAAAGUGAACUAAGCAAAGGAUCGCAGAAAAGUCAUAGCUCUUUUCAUCACUCAGUUCGUACUUUUGGGUCGCGUAAAGUAUUACCAAUAGAAGAAGAACGAACCUCACAACAAAGCAUAAAUUCAGUUUUAUUGGCAAAAUCGCAACAAUUUAUGAGUUCGAAGAAAAAUGCAGCUACUUCAGGUCAUAAAUCACAGCGUCGACAAAACAAGGAAGAAAAACCAUUAAAAAGUCUGGGCUUUCUCAUAUAUCAGCUCCAGUUACCUUGAGAACGUCAAGACGUCAAAAAUCUAAACGUAUUAAACCCAGCGAUUUGUUUCAUAUGAAAAGGAAAAUAU